AUGGCUAAUCAACAACAUGACCAGUCAAACCAUGGCAUAACCAAACAAGCACAAGUUGUUGUGGUCAUGGUUCCACUCCCAGCACAAGGCCAUCUCAACCAGCUCCUCCAACUUUCUAGGCUCGUCCUAUCCUACAACAUCCCGGUCCACUAUGUUGGUGCCAUCACCCACAAUCGUCAGGCCAAGCACCGCGUGCACGGUUGGGACCCAGAAGCCGCCGCGAAUAUCCAUUUCCAUGACAUUGAAAUCCCUCCUUUUCAUUGCCCUUCUCCCAACCCAAAUGCCAAAAUUAAGUUUCCCUCUCAACUGCAACCUGCUUUUAAUGCCUCAUCUCAUCUUACAGAGCCUGUUUCUACGCUUUUACGUGUACUUUCUUGCAAAGCAAGAAAGGUUAUUGUAAUUCAUGACUCUCUAAUGGGGUCCGUGAUUAAAGAAGCUCAUUCCCUCCGUAAUACAGAGUCUUACACUUUCCAUAGUGUAUCUGGUUUUGCUGUUUCCUUGUAUAUAUGGGAACAAAAAGGGAAGACUAUGGAGGAAAAUGAGUUGUUUCCACGGGAUGUUCCUUCUCUUGAAGGGUGUUUUACCGAUGAGUUCGCGGAUUUCAUUGCUUAUCAAUAUAGUAAUUUCCAAAAGUUUAGCACUGGCUAUGUUUACAACACUUGCAAAUUGGUAGAAGGUGCUUAUAUAGAUUUGCUUGAGAAAGAAACGAUUAAGGAAGGGAUUAAGCAUUGGGCUUUAGGGCCUUUCAAUCCAGUGACAAUACCUGAGAGAUCAAAAGGCUCAAAAAAGAAGCAUUUUUGCUUGGAGUGGCUAGAUAAACAAGCAAUAAACUCAGUGAUUUACGUGUCGUUUGGGACGACGACAACCUUGGAUGAUGAACAAAUUAAGGAGCUGGCAAUUGGGUUGAGAGAAAGCAAGCAAAAGUUCAUUUGGGUGUUAAGAGAUGCUGAUAAAGCAGAUGUUUUCAAUGGAGAAGAGAGAAGAGCAGAACUCCCAAAAGGGUAUGAGGAUUCAGUUGAUGGGAUUGGACUAGUGAUGAGAGACUGGGCACCCCAACUAGAGAUUUUAGCCCACCCGGCAACGGGAGGGUUUAUGAGUCAUUGUGGAUGGAAUUCUUGCAUGGAAAGUAUUAGCAUGGGAGUGCCAAUUGCAGCUUGGCCUAUGCACUCAGAUCAACCAAGAAACACAGUUCUAAUAACAAAAAUACUCAAGAUUGGAGUUUUAGUUAAGGAAUGGGUGUUGGGAGAUGAGAUUGUAACAUCAAAGAUUGUUGAAAGUGCUGUGAAUAGGCUAAUGGCAUCAACAGAAGGUGAUGAGAUGAGGAAGAGGGCAGCAGAAAUGGGGGAAUCCGUGGGACGAUCCGUUGCCGAAGGUGGAGUUUCUCGGAUGGAGAUGGAAUCCUUUAUUGCUCAUAUCACUAGGUAA